AUGCUGCCAGCUGACGGGGCAGAGGUUGCGCAGCAGCAAUACCGACAACUGUACCCGCAACUGCAGGGGACUCAGCAGCAACAGACUCAGGAGAAUCCUCAGGUGCGCGCGGAAGAACCGCGUGCAGCAGUUGCUCCAAAAGAAUGUUCAGAAGCUACCUCAAAUGUCAGAUCAACAGCAACUGAGGACAGUUGGCAUGAACCCCGUGGACCGCCCGACAACCUGUUAAGCACCUUCGACGCCUUUGCAUUCGAUGCGCCGAAAACUCCACAGAGAACUCCCAAGAAAAAUGUGGUGGCGGGGAACAGGGGAGGCGUGGUGGCUCGCAGCACGUGCAGCAACACCACUCCCGUCUCCAAGGGAAGUUCCUCCAGUCGCAAGAGCAACAAAAAUAAUAAUAGCCGCUCCUGUGACUGCAGUGGUACCAAAACAAACAUAGUAGGCGGAGUCAGCAGCAGCAGCUGCUACCGCUGCACCCACACGUAUGAACUGCAGGCCGAAUCUGAACUGAGUCCUGGAGUGAGGCUUUCCCUGGAGUGGCUGGCUGAGGCAGAGAGACGACGAAGUCUCAGCAGCUCUGAGGUUGCUGCUUCGUUUCGCUGUCCUCUUUGUCACCAGUUUGGGAUGGAGUUCCGCUCGGGCCGUUACGGCAUGUUUUUGGGGUGCUCUCGGUACCCUACCUGUCGUGGAAAAGUGAGCGGCUCGAAGGUGGAGAAAUGGCGUUGCUGCACCGGUAACAGCAACAGGAGCAAUGGAGUGCGCAUAUUCUGCGAGUUUGAGACCCCACACGCCUUUCGCUUGCAUGCAGCCGGCUGUACAGAGACCGGGGAUAUGCUGACAACUGCUCUCCCUCGAAUCAUAGACACUGCUGCCAAGGCUUAUGCUAGACACCAUCGACAGGACCAACAACAGCAAAAACAAGACAGUUGGAGCAUCCCUGAAUUUUUGCGGCCGCUUUCGUGGCUGCCGCGUAGUGACCGCAUAAAGUCAGACGAAUCUCUUCGGUUGCAGUUCAGUAGCGCAGCUGCUCUUCAUGCUUCUGCAGCUGAAGGGUGCUGUGAGCAUGAUUGGGAGUCAGAUGGAACUUCUGCAACUGUUCCUGUUGCUCCUGCCGGCAGCACUUCAAAAUUAGGUGCUUUAUCGAAGCGUCAAAGUUUUCGUUUUAAGGACUGGACUGAAGGAGCUGUUGAAUCCCCCAAGGACGGCCUGAAGUACACUGAUGGUUGUGUUUUCCGCUUAUCUGCUUAUCCUUAUAUCUUGCAAGCGGCAGCUGCUGUCUGUGGCUGGGCAACGUUGACGCCCAUCCCCUCGCUUACCCUUCGCUUCUUUAAAGAGGCUUGGGGGUCGGGCAAGUUUCUUGUGACGUCAAAGGAAAUUGCCCUGAGAGUUGCGUGGUGGUUGCUGCCAUCUCGGCUGCGGCAGCACUUGCUGCCUUUUCAGUGGGAGGGAGUGGCUUAUGGACUGCAGCGGGGAGGUCGAGCGUUGAUAGGGGAUGAGAUGGGACUUGGAAAGACAGUGCAGGCGAUUUCGUGCAUUGCUGUUUACAAACAAUUUCCAUGUCUUAUAGUGGUCCCCGCAUCUAUGCGUUUGGCGUGGGCAGACGCAUUGGAGGAGUGGCUGCCGGAGUACAGCGGUCCUCCUCAAUUACGAGUUUUGUUUGCCAGCGGCGAUCGGCCGUCUCCCGACGAAAAGCAUUUGAUUUGCCUGUCCUCUUUUGAGAUGGCUGCCAGACUGUACGACACUCUCAAGGCCACGCAAUACAAGUUUGUAGUUGUAGAUGAGGCACACAAACUGAGGGGGCCUGCCAUUCCAAGACCAGCUCCAUACACGUCCUCAGAAGUCGUAGCAGCUACUGCGGCGUCGGCAGUUGCUGGAACAACUGGAACACCGCACGAUGCAACAACAAAAACAGCAGGAGAACAGCUAGUAGAGAGUGAAGCUGAUCCUGCUGGUGCAGCAACCAGCAAAUCUAUGUAUUUUUCAACACCUGAACAGCCACGGGAGCAAAAGCAUCGGCAGCAGAAGGAGCAACAGAGUUCUGGAUGCGCUGGUAAUUCCAGAGGGAGAGUUCUCAGAGGUCGGAAAAUUUGCAGGCCCCAAGGCAGUGGUCACGAAGUUAAUAAAAAGGUGCUUGACCUCGUGAGAAGCAGCAGGCAUGCUUUGCUUCUGUCAGGCACUCCAUCUGUAAAAAUCCCCGCGGAUUUGUUUCCUCUAGUCGAUGCUUUGUUGCCUCCUUUGGAGCAGCAGGACGCUGCAGACAGGAGGCAACAGCAGCUGCAGCAGUGGAGCGAGCUUGUUGUAUCCGCUGGUAAGGCUGCGGCUGCUGCUGCGGGUGCCGUUGCUGCCUGCUCCCGUGUCUCAGCUACAGAGGCAAAGAACCUGUUGGUUGAGGAUAUUGGAGUUGAGAACACCAAAGCAACAACGGGGCCGGCCUCUUGUGCGCUCGUUCGGUCGCCGUGGUUUGAGGCUACGGAGGCAUGGAGGACAGCCUCAGCAGCAGCAGCAAGAACACGAUCAUUUGCAGCGGCAGGGGCACUUCCUGAGGCUUAUGGGCAGCCCUUAUGUUCAAGUGCCGGAGAUACCUUAGGGAUAUGCGACAAGAGUUCGCUCGUCUCCUUCGCUGAGCGUGCACAGGAGAGGCGGCGAGUGGGAAAUAUACUCAGAGAGGAGCGCCUACAGUUUGCUGAAGAGUACUGCUGCUCGUCACGGGCUUUUGGAUCCUGGAGGAGAUUCGGGGCCUCUCUUAGGAGCUGGGAGCUACAUCUUCUACUUACGCGAGCCGUUCUCGUACGCAGAAGAAAGACGCUUAGAGAUAUAUCGAGAAUGCCCCCGAAAGUAACCUCCCAGAGACCAUCACAAAUGGCUCCUCAGGCAGCGUUACCUCGGAUGUCAUCCCAAGCGUCCUCAGAGACCUCAUUACAAGGGCUUCCUGGAAACACAUUGAACACUCAGUUAGGCGCGCAGGAUAUGCCAGGAGAAAUGAAAGCAGGUACAUCGCCUCCACCCUCGGCCUCAGCCGGGAUUUUCUUUCAGAGGGUGUCUUCUUCAAACACGGAGACGGAGCCUGCAGCUGCUAGGGGUGGCGAGGAGCAAAUAACUUCUUCUUUGGAACGUACUGAUUUGCUGCUGUCUGUGCAAGAAGCAGAAAACACCGUGGAAGGCAUUCCAUGGGUGUCAAAGGCCCCGGAAGACUGUGACGCUUUAGUUCUACCACCCUGCACACGAAUUGUGCACCUUCUUCAGCUGCACUGCAACAACAAGCUGGUCACCGCCAUGGCAGAGGGACUUUUGUUGCGCAAGCCUGCUUAUAAGUCACUGAUACGGACAGAAGAGAGAAAGACAGGGGUGACUUCUAGGUCGAGCAGUGGCGACAGCGACUACGGCUUUGGCACCGCGGACUUCCACACCUCUAGCGGCGUCGCAGGCGUCGCCACGCAGCUUCUUCAGCAACCCCCCGCAACACCAGCAGAGCGUGCGGGCCUAUGCAAGGUCUUGCCUGCUGCCGAAUGGUUGCUUGAAAAAUUCUUUAAAGACGCCUCUGUCUCCUGGCUUGAUGACGCAGAAGAGGCCCCGACGAAGGUCGUCGUGUUCGCACACCAUCGGCGCGUGCUGGACGCACUGGCGGCUCGGCUGCGGGAGCUGCGGAUGGGUUGUCUGAACACAUCAGAGCAAGGGCUCUCGGGUGUUCGAAAGCGGCAGGCUUUCGUGCGCAUCGACGGGUCAGUGCCAGAGGAGGAGAGACACAGGCGGCGUCGACUUUUCCUAAGUGACCCAGCGUGCAAUUUGGCAAUCAUUUCCAUCUCGGCUUCUUCCCAUGGGUUGGACUUUUCAGGUGCCUCUGUCUGCGUUUUCCUCGAGCUGUUACCCCAGCAGCACGAGUUGUUGCAAGCGGAGUCGCGUCUGCACCGGCGCGGGCAGCGCCGGUUGGUGACGACAUACUUUCUGCUGAGCCGUUGUGGCCCGUCCGCGGCAGUAGCUUGCGGCGUUUCUACUUCUGCCCGUGCGUCUGCAUUGUCCAGGAGCUCCGUAUCUGGCAUCUCUAACAGUGAGACAGAGCUUGAAUGCGGUGAAGCGAACAUGGAGAGUUCUGCCGAAGAGCAGGAUGACCUGCAGAGUCCACCAACAACUCCCUUUAGUAGUUACAGGAACAGCCGGCAAACAUUGCAGAAAACCCAUAUCCCCUGCAAGAGCUUUCGCACAGAAUUAAAGAAAUGCGUGAUGCAGCUCCUGCGAGAGGCAGAAGUCACAGAGGAGGCAGCAUGGCACAGAAUUCGGCAGCAAUCAGCCCUGGUACAGCGAACAAUUGACGGUCCCCUUGCAAAGCUGUCUCAGUUCGAAGAAACUCAGCAGCCGCAGCAAGAAGAAGGGCAGCAUCAUCAGUACAGGCGACAAAUGCUCCCACGCUUGGAACAUGUAGGUCACUCGCUCACAGUUGAUGGAGAUAAACAACAACAGGAGCAACGCCAAAACCCAAGCCAUCAUGAGGUGCAGGAGCAAGAGGGGCUAAUGACCACUGGCCUAAACUUUUCCACUGAUAGCAUACUGCAGAAAGCUUCAGUGGAUUCAGUUACGGCAGAUCCACCCAAUAUUUCAUUGUCUUCGUUGCGCCAGCCUCUCCAGAGGCCCCAGGGUCUGUUGGAGAGUCUGUCGGGACCGUCUGGUCCUUCAGACGCUGCCAAACGCAUUCGGUUUCGUGUAUCAAAGUAUACGCAGCGCUUGCAUGCAUUUUCAGAUGCCACUUCUUCACCACUUGGCGUAUCGUUUUCACGCGCAGAGUUGGGGAAUUCGAGGACAAUCCAUUGCCCGACGGAGCAGAAACUGGACCAGCACCAGCUGCUGCCUCAGCAGCAGGGCAGACUAGGGGACUGCGCAAAUGACUACGGGAUGAGAUGCACGAGAGAAGCCGCGCGGCAAUACAUGGAACUCUUCCGCCUGCUUUCAUCUUUUGAGCAGCGAAAAGUAAGGGAAAUGCCAUUGACGGUGCGCGACCUUCACGUUUACUUGGAAAGUCGCCACCGAAUACAGCAGCAAGGCGUCGGAAUCGCGGAUUCUGAAGUAGGCUUCGACAAAGGUGACGUUGGAAGGAGGGGCAACGAAUCGUCACAGCAGAAGGAAGGUUUUCCCGUCACUGCAACACUGUUGCCGCGUCACACAACUGAUCCCCUGUUGCUGCUGCAGUCAGCAGCUCAGCAGCAAGAGCAGCAACAGGUGCGAGAUCCUGCUUCAAUACAAGGAAGCGGAGAUGGGAACUUCAGUGAACGUAACGUAGAAACGUCACCACGCGGCAGAAGCUCUGGGGUCAGCUGCAACGCGAGGCGAGGUAGCGCAGAGAGCAGUGGUAUGGCAUCGGAGAUAGAUGAUGACCCAGAGCGUGCAAUUGUCUCUUCACGGUAUUUUUUUAGUCAAAUGGGAAAGCCUGUUCCAAAACAAAUUUUUAGGAGGGACGGGAGCGACCCGAGUGGCAGCACGCGGUUGCCAGGCGGAACAGCUUCGUCUGGAGUUAAUGCAGGCACUUGUUCUCGUGUGGUGCUAGUUCCUGUGAUCCUCAGCACCAAUAAAACAGCUGGGAUUGCUUCUCAGUCUGGUGGAGUUUACAGACACCUGCAGCCAUUCUCGGUGGAACUGAAAAAGGUCCUGUGUGUCUCCUGCAUGAAGCCGAUUUCAGCUGUCAGCACAACACGCACCUUCCUCCAAGUCAGAGAACUCGAGAACUUCAGCAGUAGCAGUGGAAAGAGUGUAUCUUUGUCGCAGCCCCAACCGAGUGGGGCACAUGCCGGGAUCGCUGAGUCAGAGAGCAUCUCCGCAAAUGAGGGAAACAACAGAGAGCGGCUGCUGAGCUCCCAGUUUACCUGUUCACAACAUGCGCCCUCACAGACAGCAAGAAGUUACACAAAGAUUUCCAGGAUGCAGACGGGAGUUGAGAUUGUGACAGCGCCGCAGAAUUUCGCAAACGACGGCAGGCAUCACUGGCUGAUUCGAUGCAGUGAACAGGACCUCACCUGCUGUGGCCGCUGCGCAGAUGCAUACAGCGCAAGAAGGCGUAGGCGGGCGUUGAGGCGCCAGGUCGAGCGACAUGACGGUGGAGUUUGCAGUCAGUGCGGUUUGGACUGCGGAGAGUUGCUCAUAGCUCUUAGAAUGUUGCAUGCAGCAGGGGAGCCUCAGUGGCGGCUUGAGGAGGAAAUUGUACGCCUAGCGCCCAGUUUUCGUCCGUGGCCAACGUUGAUCCGACGACUAGCAUCCGUCCUCACUGCGAGCUGUGCCUGGGAAGCCGAUCACAGGCAGCCUGUUGUGGAGGGCGGCGGCCUGGCGACAGUUGAUGCUGUGCAGACACUCUGCAAAGCGUGUCACUUGGAGAAGACACUUGAGGAAAGAAGACGCCGACGGAAGCGCCGCAUGGUCCACACGACAGACACUUAA